CGGAAACGCACGAUUUCAAUGUUACGAUUUGAUUGGUCACUUGAGUUACGGACGUACACGAUAGCAACGUGAAAGCGAAGCAGUCACGUUUACAUGUGCACACGGCACUAAAUUAAACAAGAUCUUGAUCCAUCAAACACUGUCCCAAAAUGAGCUACAGAGGAGAUAGAGGAGGAGAUAGAGAGAGAAGGCCCAGGGCUCCCAUGAACUACAGGGGCCCCGAGGACGAUAAAAAGGUCCCCAAUAACCCACCGUUCAGAGCCUUCAUUGGCAACCUCUCAUAUGAUGCUACAGAAGAGCAUAUACAGGAUUUCUUUGGUGAAUCUGCUGUUAGUGUAGACCUAUUGGAGUCUGGUGGAAGGCCACGUGGGUAUGGAUUUGUGGAGUUUGAUUCACGACAAGCUCUCAUAGAUGCACUAGGCAUGAAUGAUGAGAUGUUGAUGAACCGCAAGUUGAGGAUUGACUUGGCAGGGGAACAACAAAAGCGUGGGGAAUCUGAUCAGUCCUACUCUGCUCCAAGGGACAACAACAGAUCAGCUAGGGCGCCCCCAGCUCCAAAGAACUUUAGGGGCCCAGAGGACAUGAGUCGGGUCUCAAAGGACCCACCAUUCAGGGCCUUCAUCGGCAACCUAUCAUUCCAGGCUACCGAAGAAGAUGUACAGGAUUUCUUUGGCCAAGAUGCUGUGAGUGUACAAUUAUUGGAGGAUGGAGGAAGGCCACGAGGGUAUGGCUUUGUGGAAUUUGAGACACGGCAAGCUCUCAUAGAUGCCCUUGGCAUGAAUGAUGAGAUGUUUAUGAGCCGCAAGAUCAGGGUUGACUUGGCUGGGGAGUCUCAGCAAGGAGGAGAUAGCUCUCGUCGUGGAGGUGGUCGUGGUGGUGGCCGCGGCCGUGGAGGUGGUGGUCGUGGUGGCUAUAGAGACGACGCAGGGCCCUACAGGAGGGAAGACAAGUGGGGAUCGGACUCCAAGCCAUCCUAUAAUGACCGAGGGCCGAGGAAACAAUACUUCGACUAAGGAUGACCCAGUCUCGAUGAGCACCCAGGGUGUCCAGGUCCAUAUGACCAGGGGACGAACAUUUUGUUUUUAAAGCAAUAGUCCUUUAGGAUGAGUGGCAGUGAUUGUCUACUCGUCCUACAUUGAUGUGUACUUGUCCUACAAAAAAAAAUGCAAACAAUGAAACUUUUAAACUCUUUUAGUAAAGGUAUUUUUGUCUUAUCUACUUCUUUCAUAACAGAGCACUAACAGAACACUAAACUAAACAAAUUAAAUGGUUAACACUGCGAAUACCACCAUGAAAUCAUAGAAUACAUUGUAUAUCGCAAACCUAAGGAGGGUCUAAAUGAUCUCAAUCUAAUGUACCUAUGCAGUCAGAAAAUGAAAACAUCAAUUCCUAUACAUAAUGCAUUAAUCAAAUACUACAUAAUAAUUUUAGUGUAUGUGUGUCUCAAGUAUAUUGAUCUACACGAUUAGGGAGAAGGUUUGAAAGUUAUUGGUAUACAAACAAAUAUGGUCGUUGUAUAAAAGAUACUAACAUGUCAAGUAAGUGGGUUAUCACAGAACAUAUCAGACAAACUUAGGUGUAAGAAAUAUAUGUUACAUCCACAUACAACAAAAUAUGUUUACGGCUUAACGCCUCUGAAGACUGAAAUAUUACAAAAUUGAAUAUAUGUUCUACUGCAUCAAAACAGCGCAAAUAAAACUUUUAGUAGUAUAGUAUUUAAUAUAGCAAAAAAAAAAUUGCAGAAAGUCAGAAGAGAAAUUCUUGUUCUUAUCCAGUGCUUCUAUCACAGGGAUAGGAACAAGCGGGAAGUGCGCAUUGGAACAGUCAAUGCAAACAACUUGGUGUUUUUAUCGGUUUGAGGGUUAGCAGAUUUUUAUCGGUUUGAGGGUUAGCAGAUUUUUAUCGAUUUGAGGGUUAGCAGAACCUCAUACUUGACAUAGAAUGAAGAACAAAUAACUUGCGGUUAAAAUGCUGUCGGAUAAAUUAGAGGGAUGAAAUGGAAAAAGGGCUUAAGAGCAUUUAAAAAGUUUUAGGAGAAGGUAUAUGAACAUUUUAAACAAUGAAGGCUGUAUUAUUUCGCAUUGUUUUGAUGAAAUUUUGCAUCUUUCACAUUUUUACAACCAUGUUUAAUUUUCACAAAUUAAUUUGCAAAAUUUGAACUAAGAACCUUUUUGGCAUGCAAACAAAUUUUCUACAAACCGAAAAAGUGCUAGGUAAAAGUAAAACUGUUUUAAAUGGUCAAUUGAGAAUAUGUGUUAUACUUAUUUUUGCAGGACGAAUGAACUUAAGAAUUUAAUAUUAUAAUAUAUCUAAUUGUCAUAGAUUUCAAGUGUAUUUUAUUUCUGGAUUUAAAGUGUUGAUGAUAAAUUUUAUUAAAUGUAAUUUGUGUUACAUGCAUGUUAAUAUUGUUAUUGAUUAAGUGCUAAUGAUUUUAAUUUCUCUAGCAAACUUUGUUAAGGUCAUCAUGCGUGUCGGGAGUUAAAUAAUAAAGUGCCAUUGAA